UCUUUUAUGAUGGCUGCCUCCACGGACAUACCACUUAUUAUUAUUUAAAGACAACAGUUGCGAUAAUCUAGGUUAAAAGAAGCUUGUUCGACAGUAUUUUAUUUGUUGUUGUUUAUUACUGAGUACCUGGUCGUUAAUGAGUCAAAAAGGAAAAGAAAUAAGGAUGAUUACCAGUCAACUCAAACAGGUGACUCUGUCAUCAGGGUUCCUCAGUCUAAUACGACACUACACCUUGAAGCCUUGCUGUGGACCUUUGAGCUGGUACAGGGGAACUGCUUCCAUCAAUACAGAGAAAAAACAUUUCAAUAAUUUUUCUGCAAUACAGUCCCAAGCACUGUCACGCAGACAAGAGAAAGAAUCGCCAAAGAAAUGUUCACAGCUUCCAUGCUUUGAUCUGCCAUUUAACAAGAGGCCAUUGCAUAUGAAAGGAGUCAGCCCUUUUGUGAAACAUGCUACUUUUACACAGACUAACUUAAGUCACUUGCAAUUUGGGAAGAGAUCAUUACAUAGUCAAGAAAUAAAUCCAAAUGUGAAGCACCAUACCUUGAUAUAUGAAGCAUGUAAAGACACAUUUUACUAUAUCAUAUUUUUAAAAGUGUUUUUAGCUGCGGUUGGAGCACAUAUCCUUUUAUUUUACUCCCGUAUGGAUGUUGACAGAGAUUCUAAUGAAGGGGAGCUUAGUGAUAAGCGUGAAGGAUGGUACCAGAAACCAUGGCUCCAUUUAGGGUUGCAGUUGGGUGUGUUUGGGAUAAUGCUGAUUUUAAUCAUGCCACGAAUAAGGUACACAAUUUCAGAGAUUGUGUUGCUGCCUGGAGGACAGGGAGUGGAAAUUAAACAUUAUCGUCUCCUUGGCAGAGCAAGGAAAAUAGAAGUUCCUGUUAAGUACAUCAGCGGAUUACAACACAGAGAAUCAGAGAGUACAAUUCCACUGCAAAUAUACAAAGAGACAUAUUGGUUAAGGAAAGGGACUUAUCACCAUCCCCAGCUAUAUGACCACCAUAUAGGCAUUCACAGAAAGUUUUCAGAAGAGGACUGAUUAUGGGACCAUUCCCACAGAUAUGUGGAUCAAUCUAUCUCCCUGGGGAGUCCACUAAAUUGCUAUCAACUU